AUGUCACAUGACGUCAGAGUUGGCAUUGACGUCACUUCUGGGACAGGAGUCUACCCAUCCAAAAAGAAGAUUGGCACGUUCACAGAAAUCAACCACUGCAAGAGACUGAUAAGUGACUUGGAGCGUAAACUGAGUCCAGGUCGGUAUGAGGUGGACACAGGGGACUUCAGCCCUCAGGUAGUCCAGAGCAGGGCCAGGGGACCAGGGUGGAAGAGGGGUCAGGAGAUGGCCCAGCAGGCUCAGAUGCCCCACCUGCUGUAUAGAGACACAUGGUUGACCAACCGCCUACUGAGAAGCAGGGUAGGCCCAGGGAGGUAUGACAUCCAGGACUUCACAGAGCUCUGUAAGAAGCCUUACAGUGUGAGAGGAGUGUGUGACAGCAGGGAGGAGAGGUUUAAAGACUUCAUGAAGAAGCAAACUACUCCAGGCCCAGGGGCUUAUGGGAAGGGGGGCAUCCCGUCUGGGCUGCUGGAUGAGAGGAGGAGGAAGCCGAUUGGCUCCUGUCCCAUGAUGGACUUCAGUGCUGGAGUGGAACGCUUCCCAGACCUCAUAGUGGACUCUGGUCUGUGUCCUGGUACCUACAACUUACCGACCUUCACUGAGGUGCUUCUCAGUCGCCACAUCAGCAAACGAGGACCCUACGACCUCUUCACUGGCCGACGAGACAAGCCAAUCACCUGUGGAUAUUUUGCUGCCCCGAAAAAAGCCAAUCUGAAUCUGGCUAUGGUCGCCAAGCCAGCAAAGGUCUUAUGUGAGGACGUUCUGCGACCAGAGAAAAGACACCACGGCAAGUUUGGCACCCUAGAGCAGUACCCUUCCCUCCCUACAGAACGCAUCUACCUGGGUUCCCUGCCUCAGUACCCACGGCCAGCGGUCAGUACAGCCCUGUCAUAG